AUGAAUUACUCCAGGUUUGUCCUGCUCACCGUUGUCAUCUCAUAUAUUGAGGAUUCCAUUUCCACCUCCUGUGUUGUUGAUCAAUUCAGUGUGAAGAAUGGAUUUGACCAGAAGAGAUAUGCUGGAAAGUGGUAUGCUCUGGCGAAGAAGGACCCUGAGGGCCUGUUCCUUCAGGACAACAUCUCAGCCGAAUACUUUGUGGAUGACGAAGGAACUAUGACAGCGUCUUCAAAGGGAAGAGUAAAACUUUUUGGGUUCUGGGUGAUCUGUGCAGAUAUGGCAGCUCAGUAUAAUGUACCCGAUCCUCAUGAACCAGGGAAAAUGGAGAUGACCUACCAGGGGCUUGCAAGCUACCUGUCCAGUGGAGGUGAUCAGUACUGGGUGAUUGACACCGAUUAUGAUAACUAUGCCAUCACGUAUGCCUGCCGUAGACAGAAGGCAGAUGGAACUUGUGAUGAUGGCUACGCCCUCGUCUUCUCCCGUAACCCUCACGGUCUUCCAUCGAACAUCCAGCGCAUUGUUCGUCAGAAACAGGAGGAGAUUUGCCUCACUGGGCAGUUUGAACCAGUGCUGCAAUCAGGCGCUUGUCCUUAAAGUUUCCAAAGGGAGAGACGAGUUGUUGGAAGCAGAAGCACAGAGUUUCAUUAUAAAGAUAGGUUACAUUAAUUAAGGUUGCAUCAAUAGAUGCAAAAACCUUGUAGGUCCUUUAAAAAUUUAUGCGACAGAAGUAGUUGGUUUACACAGCCUAAUGUUUUUGUUUUAUAUUUGUAAUAGCAGAUAUUAAUAAAAAUGUUUCAAAUUGUUGCCCAUAACACUGAUAGAAUCUUGGCACUAAACAAUAAUUAGAAUUGAAAUGAACUUCAGUAUAAUUUACUCCUUGUCAAGUUGUCGAUAUACAUGAUUAUUUUAUAGGAAGAGCUAUGAUAAUGACCAUUCAUUCUCAAACUAUGUGGAAUAAAACAUUGUUGCUGUUGUAGAGUGUGUGUAUCCAGAAACUGAUAUAACUCAAACUUUUACCA